UCACCUUGUGGCUAUUUACCCGUGCUUGGGAAUCUUAGUGAGUCCAAACCCAGCCAAAUCACCAAGCAUGCACUUGCCAGUCAGUGACCCGGGAUGCAUGUAUAUUCACUAAAUUUAGAGCAUACCACCGGCAAGCAAGAAACGAAACACGGCAGCUGCUGAUUUUGGUGAUCCAACCACCUUGCAAUUGCAUUCCAUGGGCAUUGACGUGGCUCAAGAAUCUCAGGCACCACCAACCAUGACUCGUAUUCUAUCUCCAAUGGCUUUCCUCAAACAGGUGCCGCGGCCGGUGGAGUGAUUGGACAGGAGCCUGGGUCAAAGCCAAGUGCUAUUUGAAUGAUGUGAUGCGUGCGGCAUUUGCAAGCCGGGUGACCGUGGUCACAUGCCAAAGUCCAUGUUUCGCCGUCCGACCUUGUUCGGUGUCAACAUGCCCAGUCUUGGUUCCACCAACAAAUGCAAGAUGGAGUAGGUCUUCGCAGAUUGAUCAUGCGAGCUAUCAGCAGAAGUUGACGGUGAUUAUCCAACGCCUCAAGAAGCACUUAAGCUGUCAAAAGUGGCCGCGGUUAACACACCUGGACUUUGCUGGUGGCCUGCGUUUUGAGCUUCCGAUGUCAAAGAAAGAUGUGGAUGCACACUUGUCGCAUUUGGGCAGAGUUGAUAUGGCAUAUUUAGCCGGUUUCUUUGACGGGGAUGGAUGUGUUGUGCCGCAAUCAAACUUGUCCGGGUGCACCUUGGCACUGGAGCAAAGCGUGACCAACAGUUCAGUGCUUUUCCUUUUCCUCGCCAACUUCGGAGGUAGCAUACGCCGUGCCGCAACGGGGUUGGGAAGUGUCCGUCCGAAGGCCCAAUGGUACGUUGGUGGGGCGCUGGCACGUGCUGCUGCUGUGAGAUUGCGGCCGCACUGCUUGGUGAAAAGGGAGCAGCUGAGAAUUGCAAUGGCCUGGCCAAGCUCAACAAGCGAUCGGGAGGCAUGCUAUACAAGAUUGAAGCAAUUGAAGCGCUCACCUCCUAACAUUGCAUCAAAGGCCCCGAUAUGUUGGACUUAUGUGGCCGGAUUCUUCGAUGCUGAAGGUUGUAUUCUAGUCCCUGCCGACUCCAAGAAUUUACGUUUAGUACUUUGGCAGAGGGACCCAGAAAUCCUCCAAGCAGUACAGACCUUCAUCACGAAGGAGUUUCCUGAUGCUGUGCCACGCCUGUAUUCCCGGAGACUGGUGACGGGUCACUGCCUUAUCUUGAGUUGCGGAAAAGCCACAGUCCUCAUGGUGUUGAAGAAACUCUUGGAACACGGGCUUCGGUUCAAGCGUCCACAGGCUUUACACUUGAUGACUAGCAACUUCUCUUCUCACGCUGACAUGCGUCAAAGCGGUAAGCUCAUGAAAGGAAACCAAUCCUAUUUGCAGAGGCUGGACCGGGAUGGGUGUGAGAGAUCGAAGCAAAUACGUAAUCUUGCGGAAAGGCUGCGACGGUAUGCGCAGAAGAAGCUGGUUGAUAUGGCUGUAUUAGAGAGGAUGCAAGCUGAGUUGCAAGCUGCCAGGCUGGCACAUCGUGUUCUGAAUUCUCAAAGCCAGAUCCAGAAACUGCGUGCGUUUAUAGCCUCAAUCCAAUCGAUGCACGAGGAAACAGCGUAAUUGAAAAAGGAAAUCGCCAACGGAAGAAGAUGGAAGAAGUAUCUUAAGCCUCAUGUCUGGAUUCCCAACUGUUUGCUG